AUGGCUUCAUCAGGUGCCAACAAUCGACCUCCUACUGAUAAACCUCGAGUUCUACCUGAAGAUCCAAAAGAGAGGACGUCAACUACUUCUAUCCUCACCGGUCCUCUAAACUUAACCUUUGGUGAUCAAUCAGCACGCGACCGCGCCAAAGCUGGCCGCCCGGAGAAGGUAUACCGGUGGUCCCAUGAGAAGAACGGUACACUGGCAAGCAACGUCUCAAGAAUUAAACACAGUGCGCAUCCCGAAAACCUGACUUCGAAGCUCAAGAAGGAGAAUGCCUUCCAGGCUUCCGGUACUUUCAAGCCGGAGUUAGACAUCACAAAAGAGCGCAUCGAGAGACAGCUUAACGCGAAGAAGAUUAUCAAUCCAACUCCAUACAUCUCUACAACCAGUGAACUUAAUUUCGCGGUGAAGGAAUUAAAGCGUAUCCAUGAUACAUCCAAAAAGGUUGCACGUUGUCUUGUCAUCACCUCUAUCGACAUCUCGAGGCUUGUUCCUGCGACCCUGACUGCUAAUAUGUCAACAACCAUCAACACGCAUGACCCUGAGCACCUCGAUGUUACUAUUCGGAGUGACACUAAACGCUCCUUCGGUCUCGAGAUUCCUAUCUGGAUUCUCGACAAGACACCUGACGAAGGAGAUUCACACAAGCGUUCAGACUGUACAGUAGACGACGUCUUGAGAGCUGGCGGCAUGUUCUGGUUUUCAUUGAAUGAGCUAAGGGCGUCGGAUCUGGACGUAAUGGCAGCGCCCAAACACAAGAACGAAUGGUUGGCUGUCGGCGGUAUUCCAAAGUCAAUCAUCAUCAAGGCUAUGCCUCAUGAUGGAGCGAUUCUGCAUACUUCGAAGACGGCUGAACCUGUUCGCGCUCGUGGAUGUCCCGAAAAGUACUACUGGAACUACAACACCAACCGUUGGGAUCACAACCCUAAUCUGAAAGACUAUCGCCCAUAUCGUCUCGCAAAAGCCGGCGACAAGCGUUGCCACGACGAUGAAAAGACCACCGCCAACCUUAUCACUAAUGUCAUCAUGGGCCAUAUGAAGCGUGCCAGACGUUCCGAUCCUGAUGACAGCUCUGACUCCGGUAACAAUUCAGACUCCGACUCCACUCCCGAUACUGAAGAUGAUUCAGAAUCUGAUGACGACAUCUGA